AUGGGUUCGUCUCAGUCUACUAACGAAACUGAUGCAAAAAAUGAAGAUACCGUUAUACACGAAAUCUCUAACGUUAUUGCCGUAGCCGCAGGCACUCAUGUUGGUGCCACAAUUGCUGGUCCUGGUGGUGCAGUAAUUGGUGCGAAAGUUGGUGACUAUGUUUUGACUCCUGUUGUUGAAACGGUGGCUAAGAGUAAACCUGCUUCUGCUUACGAAACAUCUCAUGGUACGAUAUUCACUGGUGCGGGUGGCUCGUUUAUGUAUGGUCCUAAUGGUGAAGUUUUUGAAUUGUAG